GGAGCAGCACAAGCUGACCAAGGAGCAGUGGGAGGACAGGAUACAGAGCUGGCAUGAGGAGCACAGAGGCAUGCUCAGGUUGUCACCAAAGAUUGGUUUUCCAUGGAGCGAGAUCAGAAACAUUUCUUUCAACGACAAGAAGUUUGUCAUCAAACCCAUCGACAAGAAAGCUCCAGACUUUGUGUUUUACGCCCCUCGGUUGAGGAUCAACAAGCGCGUCCUGGCGUUAUGUAUGGGGAACCACGAGUUGUACAUGAGACGGAGGAAGCCAGACACCAUCGAGGUGCAGCAGAUGAAGGCUCAGGCCAGAGAGGAGAAGCACCACAAAAUGAUGGAGAGAGCCCAGCUGGAGAAUGAGAAGAAAAAGCGCGAGCUUGCAGAGAAAGAGAAGGAGCGGAUAGAGCGAGAGAAACAGGAGCUGAUUGAGAGGCUGAGGCAGAUAGAAGAGCAGACGCAGAGAGCUCAGAAAGAGCUGGAGGAGCAGACCCGCAGGGCUCUGGAGUUGGAACAUGAGCGAAAGCGAGCGAAGGAGGAGGCGGAGCGUCUGGAGCGGGACAGGCAGGCAGCAGAGGAGGCCAAGGCAGCUCUGGCUCAGCAGGCUGCUGACCAAAUGAAGACUCAGGAACAGCUGGCUGCAGAGUUAGCUGAGUUCACCGCCAAAAUUGCUCUACUAGAGGAAGCAAAAAGGAAAAAAGAAGAGGAAGCAACAGAAUGGCAACACAAAGCUCUGUCAGCACAGGAAGACCUGGAGAAGACCAGGGAAGAGCUGAAGACGGCCAUGACGUCCCCACCAGCACCUGAACAUGACGAGCAGGACGAAACGAACGCCGAGGCAAGUGCCGAGCUCCUGAGCGACGGCCUGAGCACCGACCGCAGUGAGGAGGAGCGAGUCACAGAGACGCAGAAGAACGAACGAGUGAAGCAACAGCUGCAGACUCUGAGCUCAGAGUUGGCGGAGGCUCGGGACGACACUAAGAAAACCCAGAACGACAUGCUGCAUGCAGAGAAUGUCCGAGCAGGAAGAGACAAGUACAAAACCCUGCGCCAGAUCCGCCAAGGCAACACCAAGCAGCGCAUCGAUGAGUUUGAGUCCAUGUGAGGCUGCAGAGGCCGUGAAGCUGAAGAGAUAUUUGGUCUUAUUGCCACGACAAGCCUAAACCCUGCUUGCUGCUCCAGGCCCUCAUGCUUUUUGUGUUCCUGCCCAGGCGUUGUGAGGCUUCAGUACCUCAGACUCUGCCUGGGAGCAGCCGGCCAGUCGCAGCAUCCUCUGCUUUUUAGUACCUUUCCUUGAUUCCCAUUAAAAGCACAUGACUUUUCUAUUUGAAACUGGCAAGCAACAUAAUGCCCUCCUUUGUACAUCUCUAGAACAUUUCAUGCUUGCAUGUAAGACAUUUAAACCCUAACAAGACUCUUAAAACUUGAGGCAGGACACUAAUGGUUGUGCUUUUUACUCUAAAUAAAAUGGCCAUUUGUAGCUAGUUGAAAAUGGCGGUAUGCUUUAAUGUACUUUUUGUUGUCACAAGCUGAAUAAUUUAAAUGUUUUUUAUUUUAAUUGCCUUAUAUGUCUGAUUUGUCAUGUAGUUUUAUUUGGUUGGUGUUCAGAUUUGCAGUCAUUUGUCUUUUCAUGUUAUGCAAACCAGAUCUGUUAUUUUUGCUUUCUCUCUGCUCAUUGAGACAUUUGUUCAAAUAUAUAUUUUGCUCCACAAUAAAGAAUGACUUUAUAUUUCCAAA